AUGCGACGACGACGUUUAUCCCAUCUUUCAACAUGUUAUUAUAUGGGAAUAUUAGCUAUAGCUGAUACAAUUGUUUUACUUCUUGGUCUAUCUUUAAUGUGGCUUUAUUUAGUAAAUCGACAAUGGUCAUUAUUAUUAAAAUCAACAUAUUGUUGUAAAAUUCUUUCACUUUUAUUUUAUACAGUAGCCGAUGUUAGUGUUUGGCUUGUUUGUAUGAUGUCAGCUGAUCGUUGUAUAGCUGUAACACGUCCACUUCAUGCUAAUUCAAUAUGUACAGUACGACGUGCACGUAUAUCUGUUUUUAUUCUUGUUAUAUGUAUUAUAUUAAUUAAUAUUCAAUUUUUAUUUACACAUCAUUUAUCAAGUGAAAAAGAAUGUACACAUCAUGAACGUUAUGAAUUUUUUAUUCAUCAUAUAUGGCCAUGGAUAGAUGCAGCUGUCUAUUCAGCAUUACCAUUUAUAUUAUUAUUAACAAUAAAUUUAAUUAUUGUACGUAGUUUAUUUCAAGCACGACGUUCAACAUCAAAUUUACAAAUUUAUCAAUCACAAAUAACACGUCAUAAAAAUAAAUUAUUAACAUCAAUGUCAAAAAGAUUAACAAUAAUGCUUUUAGCUGUAACAUUCUUUUUUUUAUUAAGUUCAUUUCCAAUGGUUUGUUUACAAAUAUAUACAAAUAUAGAUCAAAAUAAUGAAUAUAAAGAUUUUGCACAAUCAUAUCUUAAACCAUUAUGUGAAACAUUACAAUAUUCAAAUCAUUGUAUAAAUUUUUUUCUAUAUGCUAUUACGGGUAAAGCAUUUCGUCAUGAAUUGAAACGAUUAUUUCGUAGUAUUGCUAUUAAAAUGCAUUUAACAAAAGAUACAAUAGGACAUCCAAUUGAUCGUCGUACAACAGCAUCUAAUUUAAAUUGUUUACCAGGUGAUACUGAUUUUGAACAACGAUUAAAAGAAAUACGAACAUCACCUAUGGCUCUUCAACUUCUUCGUUCUCGAAAAUCAAUUGAUUCAACAAUUACUAAUAGUACUAUUAUUCGAAGACAUUUUCAACCACAAAAGCAACAAAUUGCUCGUAAAACUAUGAUUGAUGUAACAUACUAUUUUCAAAGAAUCUCAAAUGUCUGA